AUGCUUCUCACCCAUGUCCGCGUCAGACUGAUCUUCCUGGCGCUGCUUUUACACAUUUCGAAAGGCCAGAUCCCCGGCGAAGGAGGGGAUGCAGAGGCCCUCCUAAAAGGAGACACUCAUUUGCGGCUCCCGCAACAGGAUCAAGGUGACGAGCCUUUGUUUCUGCUCGCGACCUUCAUGAUCUUGAGAGCUGCUGUGGCUCUGCGAAGCCUGCAAGAGAAUUCGCAAGCAUUGAUGUGGCAGGGAAUUGCGUUCGCUUGCUUCACACGCUGCAUUGCGGGCAGCGGGCUCCUUGGUGCUGAUGCCGCGGCGGUCCUCCUGACAGGCCUCCGCGAGUUCCUGCACGUUUACGGCCUGCGGACAGCGCUGAGGCAGCUGUCUCCUGGCUGCUCGUGA